AUGAGACAGCCGAUCGACAGGGAGUCGCUGGAGCGCUAUCUCGCGCAGCACGUCCCUGAGAUCCAACCCCCCGUCCAAAUCCGACAGUUCGAAUACGGCCAAUCCAACCCGACGUACCAACUGACCGACAGCCGCGGGCGGCACUUUGUGCUGCGCAAGAAGCCGCCGGGGAAGCUGCUCACGACGGCGGCGCACCAGGUCGAGCGCGAGUACCGGGUCAUCAGCGCGCUGAACGGCACCGACAUCCCCGUGCCCAAGGCGUACUGCCUGUGCGAGGACAGCGCCGUCAUCGGCACGCCGUUCUACAUCAUGGAGUUCCUGGACGGGCGCAUCUUCCAGGAGGCGUGCAUCCCGGGGGUGUCGCCUGAGGAGAGGAGCGUGAUGACCGACAAGGACCGGACCAAGUUCUUGCAAGACCGUGUCACUCUGACUUCGUACGAGAGGAACAGGUGGAAAGAAGCCGUCCAGACCCUGGCGCGCCUCCACCGCGUCGACCCCGUCUCGGUCGGGCUCACCAACUUCGGCAAACCGCGCGGCUUCUACGGCCGCCAGAUCCGCACGCUGAAGCGGCUGGACGAGUCGUACUCGAAGGUGGUCGACGUCGAGUCCCACGAGGCCGUGGGCCGGAUCCCGGGCAUGGACGAGAUGGUGGCGUUCUUCGAGGAGGAGGGCCGCGGGCCGCGGGAUCGCGGCGCCAUCACGCACGGCGACUACAAGAUCGACAACUUGGUGUACCACAAGACGAAGCCGGUGAUUAUUGGGAUCCUCGACUGGGAGAUCGCGACCGUCGGCCACCCGCUGUCCGACCUGAGCAACCUCACCAUGCCGUGGACGGUGACGCAGGGCUUCAAGGAGAUCAAGACGCACUCGCACCCGGCCUUCGACGUGGGCGCCGGCCCGCCGGGCCUGCCCACCAAGCAGCAGUGCCUGGAGUGGUACCGCGAGGUGGCCGGGUGGGAUCCGCGAGGCGAGAUCGCGUGGGCCGACGCCUUCGCCAUCUUCCGCACCGGCGUCAUGAUCCAGGGCAUCGCCGCCCGGUGGGCGGUGCGGCAGGCGAGCGGGGAGGGCUCGUCCGCGGCCGCACUCGCGCUCGAGAGGUUCCCCUACGCGCGCGCGGCGCUGAAGAUGGUCAGGGAGUUCAAGGGCGCCGGGGACUCGCGGUUAUAGGGGAUUUCAUUCUCAACGACCCUGGGAGGAACCAACCCCUGUUCAGAUCGGCGAGGAGAUUGGUUGAGACCCGGCUGCAAGCUGUGUGGAAUCGUUUUCCUUCCUCCCCAUAUCUGCAGCGUUUUGAUACAUGAGCGAUUUGGUAUUAGCGCGGCUUCAGAAUCAGAUUAUGCAAGAGAGAGAAGCAAGGGAAAAGUGAGACGGAGAACAGCAUGGAGCGAAGGAGAAAGCACUACCAUUGUCGAAGCUCCACGAGCCUGAUCAUCAACAGCAUCUCGAGUCACCAACAACAGCCCUGAUAAAGGCACUGGCUGGCUCUCUGUCCUUCCGAGAAUGUGCCCUGUCGAAGUUUCAUGCCUAGCAUAGUCUCCACACCAUCCGCUCGCU